AUUGGAAUUUAGUGAGCUACACUGCGGAUGUCGGGCAGACAUGAAAAAGAUAGAAAAAUCCCUGUAGAUGAUGAGGGUAUUCCUAAUUGUGUGACAGAAUAUGCAAAUGUUAACAAUAAAUCUCGGCAGUUCGUUCGGUCCCAAGUUAUACCGGAUGAUCAGUCACAAUUAUGUACUCAAUAUCCGUUGUGUCUCCAAAAUUCCCGCGUUCUGAAUAACGAUUGCGGUGAUACGUGUAUGACUAGAAAUAUUGACUCUAAAAGGCAUGGAGAGUCUGUAAGCGAAGAUCCAUCUAAGUCUUUUGUCUUUUCAAACAUGUCACAAUUUGAGAAUAAAAUACUUGGAGAUGAUUUUCGGACUUCACAUUCGGUUAAACGUCCUUAUGAAUCAUUCGGUUUAGUUUCAAACUCUUCUGCAAAGCGUAAUUGCUGUACUGUUGGGCAAGAUGAAUGUGAAGAACAGUCUCAUGAACCAUCGACAUCAAAUAGUCAAUUUGACAGACUAGGUUCUCGUGGUUUCGAUUUAUCUUCGGAAAUCAGAAUUACAGCUCGACGGUCAGAAAAUCAUUCUUUACCUUUGGCUCACAAUUUAACCUAUGAAAUCGGAGUAAUAAAUGAAGUCCCGGAUGUUGCGCUAAAACUAACAGAGAAUAAAUACCGGUCUGAGCGUAAAUCGCCUCCUUAUUGUGUAGCUCAUUCAUUCACGAUGGCUGAAAUGGAACAAGCUAAAAAGUUAGAAAAGGACGAAAAUCUUAUUCCGUUUUUUUCCCCCCUCAGUAAAUCUCGGGCUCCUUCUUCGGCAGUUUCACCAGAAUCUUCAUAUGGCAACUCUGUAGUUUCAAUUUCAAAACGGAAUAGCAUUUUUAUUGGUUCCGCUGCACAACGUUCCCGUGAUGUUAACAGGGACAGUUGUUUCAUUCAAGAAGCUGUUGAUAGCUCUGGUAUUUAUAUACCUGGAGUAGAUCUACUGAUAGACGACUCUGAAUGUGAGCCCAUCGAUCUUAUAUCUAGGUUCAGCAGAACUCCAAUUUCUUCACCCAAAAUAGUUGACCCCGGUAGCACGAUAUCAUGUGCUCUUGCUGGACCUCUCUCUUCGUCUCAUAUCUUCAACCAGCUAGAUUCCAAUGUCGCACAAAGACGUACAUCUUCGGCUGCUACAUCAUCGCUGAGUGCUGUUUCUGCCGGAAUGGAAUUGAGUAAGGCUACGAAGGAACGUUGCGCACAGCUAAGGCAACGUCGGCGAGCACAACCAACUGAAAGACAACCAUUACCUGCUUUGCAUCUGCACCUAUCAAAAGAUGGUACAAGUCCCCUGCCUCCAGGGUGGCAAAGAGCACCAAAUACUAGGCGUUCGACAGAAGGGCAAGAUCUAGGGGAUAGUUCUGGCACAUAUGCUUAUUAUUAUUACCAUGUCCGAACUCGUCAAACUAGGUGGGAUCCACCUGUAUAUCCAUGGGACGCCGAUCCUACGGAUACUCUUCUUGGUGAAACCGGAGAGGAUGACCCGGAAGCUCCUUACAAUUGGGGAUGUGCGUCGCGAUUCGCUGUCACACACGAAGAAAUUGAAGCUGUAAGCCAUGCUAUUAUAUUCUUGUGAUUAUGUUACUGUGUAUAGUUUUAUUCAUUCUACAAUUACUAUUCAAUGGAGUUCGUAGUACUGAAUUAAAUCUGUUCUACUUCAUCCAUCAUUCUUCAAGUACAACUUGGUAAACAAGUUUAUUUUCUCGCCUUGGAGCAUCUCCAAGACCAUACGACCUCGAAUGUUGCUUCUGAUGUCUCACGACUUGAAUUGUUCUUAAUUUACAUCCAAGUUCUUUUUCCUCUUGCCCUUAUUUAAACGGUGUUGAAAAGUCAAACGAUAAACUGAAGCUUGUUCUGUGUUAAAAUUUUUGUCUAUAGUUCCAAAACUCACUCUUAUGCACAAAGGGGAUUCUUUAGAACCGUUUGUUCUGUUGUACAAAAGCCAAUAAUUUCCAAACCGAACUUAUGUUACAGAUGUAUAAUCGCGUGCGUCAACGAAUAUUGGAACGUCAGUGCAUUGAUCUUCUGCAUGAAUUGGCAGGCAGACCAGAUGCUCCUCAGGAUGUAACUGAACAAGGCUUUGCCAUGGAAUUAUUCACUUUGGUCCACAAUACGUUACGUGGCUUUCGUGAUGCUCGAUGUAAACUUGGUCGUAUUGUUAACGAUGAAGAUUUAUACUACUUAACAAAAAAGCUUGCUCAGGCCGUAAUCCUAAAAGAAAUACAGAAGUUUCAUCAAGCCCAGGCAGCGAACACUUCUUUAUUUUCAACUGUUCUUACUCCUGAACUUCCUUCGACAGUGCGAUCAAGAGUUACCACUUAUGUUAGGCGAUACAUGGAGUCUAAGGGAGCAUUCUAUCGUCGCCGAGUUCAGCUAAUACCUGCAACAGGUAUUUCUCGUCCGGAACAGGCAACUCAUCUAAAACCAGACCCUGCUAUUUUUAAGCCAUCUGUCAACAGUAGCAUGCGUUCUCGACCUGUAACGCAUCCUCAGAAUUUCAGCAAUGUAUCUCACCAUACAAAUUAUGUGGACAAUGCUUUUUCGCAAUCUGCUCCUCCCAUUAAUACUACUGCAGUUAUUCCAGCGCGCCGCUAACAACUCAAAAGUAUUGCUUCCGUCAAUAAUAUCUGUAAUUGUAUAUUUUUAGAGGGUUCCUUUAUUCAAGUUGCUAUUUUGGAUUUUUAUCCACAUGUUGCUUUAUAGUUAAUUUCCCUAUCAUAGUGGUCAAGUCUAAGACAGAUGUUAGCACCGCAUAUUUUAUCGUCCUGCCCUACAUGAAAGUGGUUAUGUCGGAUACUCGACAACUAGCUUGCGGUUUAAAUAUGGAAAUUAUUAAUUUUUAUUUAAGUCUUUUGUAAAUAAACUUACAAACUGAUUCCUUUGCAAGCUCUUUAAUGUUAUUUUUCUCCCAAGUCUAUGUCCGUAUGUUGUUAUUGCCCAGUUAUCUCAUCAAGUAUGCAAUUUUCCUGUUUUCUAACUUUUGCAUGUAUUUAAUAAAAAAUGCAACGGCAGGUGUGAUACAGGUGUUAAUAUGAGAUUUGUACUAUUGAUUUGUAAUAAAAUUGUAAUGAGAAUC